CUCUCAACUUCCCUUCGCCUCCAUCAUUAUUACUUUCCGAGAUAAAGACGCCUGAUCCAAUUCCCCUACCCCAUUAAUACCCAAAGACCGCGUUUUGAUCGCCGCAAUCGACCAAACGCAGGUCCAAAGAUCCGACUGCGCGCUUGCUCCAUCGCUUCGCGUCGCCCUCCCUCCGGAGUCUGCACCUCCCGUCUCUCUGCUUAUGCUUCUUCCGACCCCUUGGUUUCAGCUCCCUCGCCCGGGUUUUUCUCUCCCGAGAUUUCUCUUUUCGUGCUGAUGACACCGAAAGCGUCGGACUUGGUGACUGGGGAGCGGGGGAUUCCCCUGCUCUCCUGGCUGCUGCUUGCGUCGUUGCUGUUCUGGAGACUGCAACUUGGAGCGUCGAUCGACGACGACGCGAGGGCGCUCUUGAGCUUUAAAGCGAACAUGGAGUUCGAUCCGUACGGAGCUUUGGCAGACUGGGAAGAAGCAGAGGAGGUGGAUUCGUGCUUUUGGUUUGGCGUUCAGUGCGACGCAGGAAGAGUCGUAGCUCUAAAUUUGAAAGAUCUUUAUCUUAAAGGAAAGCUUGCACCUGAACUUGGAAGGCUUAUUCACUUGAAGUCUCUUAUUUUAAAUAAUAACUCAUUUUACGGAGUCAUCCCAGAGGAGUUAUCAGCUUUGCAGAAUCUGGAGGUCUUGGACUUGGGGCACAACAAUCUGACAGGACCACUUCCAACUUUUCUGAGCCAUCUUUUAUCCUUGAGAAUUCUCAUACUUACAGACAAUGGAUUUGUCGGUAGCAUGUCAUCGGUACUUCAUGAACUCAAUUUUCUUUCGGAGGUUCAGUUUGACGAACACAUGUUAUCAUCAAACAAGGGAUUAAUUACAAGAAACCUCAAAAAUGCAACUAUUCGGAGACUUCUGCAACUAGCAAAUCAUUCGCCAGCAGCAGCACCAGCACCGGCAUCAUUGCAUAAUGGCAGGCACCGUAAAAGAAACAAGACUAACAUUGAUAUACGUACUCCUUCAGCUGGACCAUCUUCAUCUUCUGUGCCCCCAGAAAACUCGCACACAUCUUCUAGGUUACCUUUCUUGCACCCAACACAUGCACCGGUAGUUUCACCAUCAGCAUCUGCACCAUCAAUUACCCUCCCAUCAUCUCCAAGUAGCCAUCAUGCGCCUGCUCCUGCACCAGUAAUCGAACCCCCAACAUCAGUACCACAUAAUCAACAUAAAUCUGAUCUUGCCCCAUCCCCUGUCUUCAUUCUAAUUCCACCCCCCAUCAUCAGUCCAGCAGCAGCAGCAAACACACACAAAAAACAUGCAAGAUUGUGGGUAUUGUCGUCGAUAGCCGGUGCUGUUUCAUUUCUACUUGCCAUAUCUGCAGUGUACCUUCUGUGCUGGCGAGCCAACAAGGUCGUAACUAUUAGACCCUGGGCAACAGGCUUAAGUGGCCAAUUGCAGAAAGCAUUUGUGACAGGCGUCCCUGCACUUAAACGGUCCGAACUAGUAGCAGCUUGUGAAGACUUCAGCAAUAUCAUUGGUUCCCUAUCAGGAUGCAUGCUAUACAAGGGGACAUUAUCAAGUGGUGUUGAAAUUGCAGUGAUUUCAACUGUGGUCAAAUCUGCAAAGGAUUGGUCAAAGCAAUCCGAAACUCAAUUUAGGAAAAAGGUUACAAUGCUUUCCAAACUGAACCACAAGAAUUUUGUGAACCUGCUUGGGUAUUGUGAGGAAAGCGAGCCUUUCAGCAGGAUGAUGGUGUUUGAAUAUGCUCCGAAUGGGACACUUUUUGAACAUCUACAUGUAAAAGAAGCAGAGCAUUUGGACUGGCGGACGAGGCUGAGGAUUGCCAUGGGAAUAGCAUAUUGUCUAGAGCACAUGCAUCAGCUUAACCCUCCUAUCAUCCUCGGUAGUCUAGACUCAUCUACCAUCUGCUUAACAGAUGAUUAUGCUGCUAAGGUAUCGGACGUGCAAUUCUGGAGUGAAUCAAAAGAUACUGGAUCAGGGUCUGGAAGCUCAAGUCCUUUGUCAGACGCAGAGAGUAUUGUGCAUAGAUUUGGCAUACUCCUAUUAGAGAUAUUAUCAGGCCGGCUUCCAUUCUCAGAGGAGGAUGGUCUACUUGAGCAGUGGGCUUUGUGCUUUCUAAAUGGUGAAAAGCCCUUCAAAGACUUGAUCGACCCGACUCUCAAAUCCUUCGAUGAAGAAACUUGUGAUGCACUGUGCAAAGUAAUAUGCUGCUGCAUUCACCUAGAGGCCAAGGAAAGACCAACAAUGGCAGAGGUCACAAGGCGAAUGAGGGACAUCACAGCAAUGCCACCCGAUGGAGCGACUCCAAAAGUGUCGCCACUGUGGUGGGCUGAGCUCGAGAUUAUAUCUUCGGAAGGGAACUAAAGAAUGGAAGUGGUUAUGUUGUAUUGGCUGUAUGUAUUGAAUGCUUUACCAUGACAUGGAAAUGAGAAAUGUACAGGCAUGGUGUUGUAUUUCCUGCAAAAUGUUCGUUUGCUAGGUGUUUGUGAAAUGUUCACACUUCUGAAGAUUUAAACUGUCUCAUCGUUCAUUGUGCUUA